AUUGUAAAUGAGUUUAAGUUAAGUAAGAUAAUCCUAUCUAAAUAUAAGGCAGGUCGUUAAGCAAUAAAUCCAAUAACAGGAGAAUCUAGAUUUUAAGCACCAGAUUAUAGACGGUCAUAGGAAGUAAAGAAUGAACCAACAAGGACAGCUGAAUCAAGAAGAAACUUUGCAAAUACUUCAGUACCUAUAGAGAAUUAGGAAUAAAGUCAAUUUUAAAUGGAUAGGUUGGCUUAAUUAUAGGAUUAAGUGUAAAUGCUGGAAAAGUAACUUACAUAGGAAGUUAAGAGAAAUUCAAAAAUGUUAGUUGAGUUAGAAAGAGAAGUAAGGACAAGAGGAUAAAUGGGAGAUGUAAAAAUGAAAUAAUGAUAAAUAGCCAAACUAAAUGUUUGAAGACUUAUAGAAUAAGAUGUAUUCACUGGAAACAAAGAUUAUAGCAUAAGAUCGAUAGAAGAGUGAAUUGGGUUCGAAAGUAGCAAUUUAAGAGUAAAAUCUUAAAGAGUUGUUGUACUUUUUAAAGAACACUUAGAAUAAAGAUACUAAUGAGGUAUUAUAGAUGAGAGGAAUGUUGUAAGAGAAGAUAACAGAAGAGAGUUCUCAUUUAUAAAAGGAGAGAGAGAAAACAAAAGCAUUAUUUAUGGAGAUGGUAAGAUUAGGAGAAUUGUAAGAGAAAUUAUAGGAAUCAUUAUCAACUUCUCAUUAACAUUUUGAGUAAAGAAUUAAUGGAAUGGAAAGUAAGAUUUAUAAUGGAGAGAAGGCAUUAAUUUAAGUUGCAUAGAGAGGUGAUUCUGGAAUGAAUUUUAUUAAUGAAACAAAUGAGAGAAUAGAAAAAAGAGUGAUGGCUUUAGAGGCUAAUUUGUUAGCAUUAGGGGUAUGAGUAAAUAUUAAUUGAUUUAGAAAGAUUAAUUAAAAGAUCAUGAAUAAAUAAAUAGAGUAGAUAUGGCUAAUUAGAGAAUCUAAGAGGAAUUUAAGGGAAUGCUAUAAUUGAUAUAAUAAGAUUAUACUUAAAGAUUAGAUACUAGAGUAACCGAAGUUAUAAAUAGAAUUGUGAUGGAACAUGAAUAGAGAGUCAAAACUAUGGAAGAGAUGAAAUAAGCUUAGAGUUUAAAGGAUUAAAUCAAUAUGGAGAGAUUGUAAUAUGAGAGAGAGGAAGUUAUAUCAUAAUUAAGAUCUUUAGAAUAAUUUUAACGGGUUGAUUCAUAAAAAAAAGAUGAAGCCAUUCGUUCAUUGUAAACUAUUAUUGAAACAUAAGUGAAUUAAAUUCUAGUAAAUAUUUAAAAUGAAGAAGCUUAAAGAUAUUCACAUGAAGUUUAAUUAAGAGGAGAUUUAUUGAAGAUUUAAGAGAAUAUCAAAUAAGAAAAUGAGUUAUUCAAAACUCAUUAAGCUAAUAUUACUGAAAAAAUAACAGAUAUGAUAAGAAUUGAAGUAUAAACUAGAUUAUCAACAGAUACAGAAUUAAAAAAUCUCACAUCUGCUAUUGCUACUGAUAUUGUUUCAGAUUUGAAUAGUUUAAAAGAUCAAAUAGAAAUGGCUAAUAGAGCAUUACAAACUUAAGUAAAAUAAUUAGAGAAAGAUUAAGCAGAAAAAGCAGAGAGAUUAUCUUUAUAUAUUGAUGAUGAAAUUAAUAAGGUUAAUACAAUCUUGAUUUAUUUUAGGCUAUUAAGACAUCUGCUUAGAAAUAUGAAAAAGUUAAAGUGAUAUUUUCCAAAUUUGGCGAAUCCUUUAAAUAACAUAUAACAGCAUUCGAAGGAUUGAAAUAAGAUCUUAAUUCUAGAUAAACAAUUAUUGAAUAGAAUAUUGAUAUGAUAAGAUAAGAUUUUUAAACUGUUAUUGAAGAUUAAUAAACUCAUUUAUUGGAGAGAAUAUCUAUUGAAAAAAAUCAAAUCUUAGAAGCUGUUAAUGCUACUGUUCAAUUUCUAGAAGAUAAAGUGAAUAAAUUGGAUGAAGAUUCUGCCAAUAAAUUUAGAAUAUUUAGAGAAGUCAUUGAAGAAAACUAAUAAGUAGUUGUAGAAAAGACUAAACUAAUUCUAGAUUAAAAUGAGGUUUAUUAAUAGACACAGAUGAAAGGAUUAAAAUUAAUGGCUGAUAGUAUUCAAGAGCUUAAGUAUUUCAUUUAAUUUAUAUAGAUAAUAAUAAUAAUUAAUUAAAGAAGAUCAUCAGAAUCAAAUCAAGGAAAUAAAUUUAUCUGUAGAUAAUAUAAAAUAAGAUAUUCAGUAAAUUAAUACAAACAUUAAAGAUUUGAGUGAUAUCUAAACAUAACAUAAAAAUAUAUUAGAUGAAAAUAUAACUGAUGUUGAAAUUCUUAAAAAAGAAAAUGAAACCAUUAUAUUUAAGUAAUAAGAUAUUGAUAAGAACAUUGAAUAAAUAAAUUCAGAGCAAAAAAAAAUCUAAAAUCUUUCAUAAAUGUUAGCCUAAAAUGUUGAGUAAUUAAAUGAUAAAAUUGUCAUUUUUGGAGAACGUGUCGAUGAUAUAAAUGCUAAUUUUUAACAAUUAUAAGGAGAACUUAAAUUAAUUGAUUAAAGAAAUUCAAAAUUAGAAGGAGAUUUAGAAGAUUAAAAUCUUAAACUUAAUAAUGAAAUCAAAAAUAUUGAAGUGAGAUUAGAUGAGUAAUAGAAAACAUCUUCUACAAUGUAAGAUUCUAUUAGAGAAAAUAAUGAUAUUGAUAAAAAAUAAAAUCUAGAAAUUGAUGAAUUAUAGAAAACAGUAAAAAAUUUACAGGAUAGACUUAAAUAAUUAGCUUAGUUGCCUGCUUGA